AUGUCAAAAGAUGAAACCUUGCUAAUUGUUUCAAUUUAUGUGGAUGAUCUGUUGGUAAUUGGAAGCAAGACUGACUUGAUCAAUGAUUUUAAAACCCAAAUGCAAGAAGUGUUUGAUAUGAUAGACUUGGGAAUCAUGACAUACUUUAUUGGCAUGGAAGUGAACCAGUCUGAUCGAGGUAUCUUCAUCAGUCAGCAUGCAUUUGCAUUAAAGAUUUUAAAUAAAUUCUACAAGGCAAACUGCAAAGAGGUGAGCACACCAUUGGCUCAAGGAAAAAAGCUAAUAAGCUUUGGAAGUCAAGAAAGAGUUGAUGAAAAGGAGUACAAAAGCCUAAUUGGUUGUCUGCUUUACUUAACAGCAACCAGACCUGAUCUCAUGCAUGCUGUUAGUCUAUUGUCAAGAUUCAUGAAUUGUUGUGACACAUCACAUUUCAAGGCAGCAAAGAGGGUACUCAGGUAUGUUAAGGGAACCUUGAAGUUUGGUGUCAUGUUUAAGAAGGAAAAAGAAUUUAGGCUGAUAAGAUACUCAGAUAGUGAUUGGACCGGAUCUUUAGAUGACAUGAAGAGCACCUCUGGUUACUUCUUCACACUUGGCUUAGGAGUAUUUUGCUAG